AUGGAAGCCGAGCCAGAAGCCGAGCCCCUAGUCCCCCACGACGACGAGGCUCCAUCCUCUCCAAGUUCACCCCAGUCCAGCACCAGCACCAGCAACCGCGUCCUGCUGCGCCUCUACACCUCGCACUUCCUCUCAACCUGGAACUCGCGCAUGUUCGAGUUCGGCGCCGUCGUAUUCCUCGCUUCCAUAUUCCCCGGGACUCUCCUCUACGCCUCGGUCUAUGCCCUCGUGCGCUCGCUGUUCGCCGUGCUCUUCUCGUCGUGGCUGGGGGCGCUGGUCGAUCGAGUAGAUCGCUUGUCGGCGAUUAGACAUUCUAUCGUAUGGCAGCGGGUCCCUGUUGCAGUUUCGUGUGUUUGUUUGGGGUUGCUUUUGAGGGCGCCGUCGCCGCCUGUUUAUGUGGAAUGGAUGCUGUUCGUUGCGUUGGUUCUGCUUGCUGGUGUUGAGAAAUUGGCUGCGACGGCUAAUGCGGUUUCGGUGGAGAGGGACUGGGCUGUUGUGAUAUCGGACGCAUUGCUUGUUUCGAGGAAAGAUCUAAAUGCUUCCAUGCGACGGAUUGAUCUGUUCUGCAAGCUUGUUGCUCCGGUCGUAGUCUCUUUGAUGGACGGCUUGCUUUCCACUAGGUUGGCGAUCUGGGGUGUUCUGGGACUGAAUGUCGCCGUUGUUCUUGUGGAGUAUUUUGCCAUUGCGCAGGUGUAUCACUCCGUUCCUCAGCUGGAUCGGAAUACCGAAAGGCAAGCGACAGCUCGUGACGAUGAGGAUGUCGAAGAGGGUCAAGCAGAUGAACGCUCCAGCUCCCGCCAUACAAUCAUGCAACAUGUCCGUAGCACCAUCGCCCCAUGGUGCGAAUACGUCCGCCAGCCGGUCUUCCUCGCCUCCUUUGCCCUGAGCCUCCUCUACCUGACUGUACUGUCGUUCGGUCCGACGAUGGUGACAUUCCUCCUCUACUCCGGCUUCAGCUCCCUGCAGGUCAGCGCGAUGAGAAUUGGUGCUGUCCUAGCCGAGAUAUCAGGGACGGUGGUCGCUCCAUUCCUCAUGGACCGCAUCGGACCAAUUCGUUCGGGCCUAUGGUUCUUGAACUGGCAGUUCGGCACGUUGGCCGCCGCGGUGGCUGCCUUUGCGUUUGCUGGUGGCGCGCCUCACCUAGUUGCGGGGUGUCUUGUAGUAGGCGUAGCCCUGAGCCGGCUGGGACUCUGGGGAUUUGAUCUAUCGGUGCAGUUUCUGGUGCAAGAAAGCAUUGACUCGGGCAGCCGAGCCCGUUUUUCUGCCACCGAAAUGGCGCUGCAAAGUGUCUUUGAGAUGAUCUCGUUCGCUACGACAAUUGUCUUCGCCGACCCUGAUCAGUUCAUGCAUCCGGUGUAUAUAAGCUACGGGGCUAUCGCGGUUGCUGCGACACCCCCGAGAGCCCGAGGGCCCGGCCGCUCAGGGCCCCGCCGCCGCACGGGGUGCCUGACCUGCCGCGCCCGCAAAGUCCGCUGCGACGAAGCAAAGCCCACGUGCGCCAAUUGCACGCGCCUCCGGUUGCAAUGCGUGUACAGGAGUGUUAUCAUCCAGGGGAUGGGGAUUCCGAAGACGAGAGCGAGACCGGGGCGUGCAAGAUCGGCUUCUGGUACGACUACGACACAGGAGCUGGAAUCGCCUGCGUCGAAUGCCAGUACAGGAGCUGUUGUCCGGCCGGGCGGGCUACAGAGUAUCGGAGCGAGACAAGUACUGUCGUCCGUUAGUCCUGAGGAGAUUUCGGGCGCUCCGGACAGUAUCCCCUUCGACAUGCUCGGGUUCAUUGGUGAAAUCACCUCGGAUUUCCAGCAGAAGCAUCUUGAUCUGACGAACGGGGAGAGCAUCGUCCCUUCUAACCGUCCAAUGGCUAUACCAGUACCGGAAGUAGACGGAUCUUUCCAUGACGCACGGCAAACGCCUUGGGACCCUGGGCGGGUGGAUGUAAACACCUGCAAUACCGGGAUCAUACCAGACCCGGACUCGGUCUCGCCCCAGAGCACAACGGAAGAAUCAUGGGAGGACCGAUUACUGCAGCAUUUCCGUCUGAGCGAUGCCCCGCCUACGAUAUUUGCACCGGUUGAUCUGGAGUGGAGAUAUGUGCGAGAUGCCAUCCUGACCGAGUCAAGUCGCAGCGCUCCUGGUUGCCGUGCGCUUUUGCUGGCCGUGUACUGCUACUCCGAUACACAUAUGGCGUGGGUAGAGGGGACGCAGCCGAAGCUUGGGCCGAGCUAUCAUGCGCAGGCGAGCUCCGAGAUUCAAGCUUGUUUAUUGGAAGAAGAUGUCAGUGAAUCAUUGCUGAAGAGGGUAUUCGCGAGUGUUCUGCUGCUAAUGUUGGCUGAGCUGAUAUCCCCAGAAACCUGGCGCCCAGCAACGCCAUACUUACACACCUCCUUCCUCCUCCUGCAACGCUUCCACCCGCGCCUUCGAACAUGGACCGGCAUCGCACACCUCAUCGCCUCAUGGGUCUCCCUCCUCGACAUCAAAGCCCUAAUCGCCGGACGAGACGGAGAUCCCCUUGCUGACCUUGACGUUGGAGACCUCACGCCCACCCCAAACUUUGACCAUAUCUUUUCUUCGUCCAGACCAGACCCAAACUCCGAAGAUAUCCCCUUCGAGAAGCAUCUCACCUCCCCAUCAUACCUAAUAACCCACUCCAUAACCAGCCCCGCAUACACCUUCUUCCUCCGCACCCAACAACUCACGCGUCGGAUCGUGGUAAUAGACCUCCACCACCGAGCGCGCGGCACAGUCUCCGACGAAUUCGAGGUAUUGCAAAUCGCACACACCGUCUCCGCCGACCUCGAGGCCCUCUGGAACACCCGGCCACGGAUCCUCGAUCUCUACGACACACCAAGCAACGAGCCAGACUCCCUCCUCACCGUCCUAUCCCCCCAAACAGCAGAGAAAAUAGUCCGCACAUUCCGCGCCUACGUCGCCAACUUCCUCGCCCAAUCUAUAUACCUCCACCGCGUCGCCUUCGCUAUAUACCCGCGCACAGAUAAAGUCUAUGCGGCUGUGGAGCAGAUCAUCCGCCUUGCGAGGGAGGAGGGUUCGCGCUCUGCCAACAACAGCACCACCCCUGAGCCCUCGGUAGGCUCCGUCCCCAUAAGCUUCCUCUGGCCCCUCUUCAUCGCAGCCCUCGAAGGCUCACUUGAACAGCGCGCCUGGAUCACGAGCGAGAUCCAGCGCAUGGCGGCCCCUGCCCCGGCCGCUGCCUCAGUGUCCGGAUCUGGAUGUGGUCGCCAUCCAAAUGCAGAGAAGGCGCUUCUUCUCCUGACGGAGAUGACGAGACGCCAGGAUACAGGCGCGUCACGGACAUGGGCGGACUCGAAGUGUGUACGGCGCGAGCUGUUUGUGGAUUUUUUCGUUAUGAUAUGA